AUUAGUAGUAAAAAAAAACAAUUGCAAAACCAAAAAAGAAAAGUUCUUGUCUUUGUUGAUCUUUUCUUUUUAAUCCGAUUCCAAAACUGGACCCUCCUCUUAAGAUCUCUCUAUUUGUUUUUUUCUUUCUUCUCCAAAAUCGAUAAAGAACUUAAAAGAAAGAAUUGAUCUUUUGAGAGGGUGCCAGUUUUUUGCUUCUUUUGUUGUUCAUCUUCUCCAAUCUUUGUUUGUAGUAGAAAAAAAAAACCCAUUCUUUUGUUUACUUUCUCUAUCCUUUUCGUUUGAUUAUCCCGGGAAAGUUUGCAUUUUUAACUGAAAAAAUUGACAUAAAUGUGGGGAGCUUUCGCAGAACCAGCAGAUUCUUAUUACCAGAUUCGUCCUGAGUGCACUGAUGUCCCCAAUACCAAAUUCAAGAUCAAACCUGGUAAAACUUUGAGUGUAAGAAAAUGGCAAGCUGCAUUUACAACAGAAGGGUUCCUUGAUAUUGGCAAAACUCUAAAUCGUAUCCAACGAGGGGGAAUCCAUCCAUCGAUUAGAGGAGAAGUCUGGGAAUUCUUACUUGGUUGUUAUGAUCCAAAGAGCUCAUUUGAAGAAAGAGAGCAAAUCAGACAACGUAGAAGAUUGCAGUAUGCUUCAUGGAAAGAGGAAUGUAAACAAAUGUUUCCUGUUAUCGGAAGUGGUGGAUUUAUUACCGCACCUGUAAUUACCAACAAGGGUGAACCCAUUAACGAUCCUCUUGUACUACAAGAAACAAAUUUAGGUGCGAAUGGUGCGGAUUUCUUCAAAGAGCUUGCAAGCCGCGGACCUUUGGACAAGAAAGUUAUUCAAUGGUUGCUAACACUUCACCAGAUAGGUCUUGAUGUAAACCGCACAGAUAGGACUUUGGUAUUUUAUGAGAAAAAGGAGAAUUUGUCUAAGCUCUGGGAUAUUCUAGCUCUCUACGCCUGGAUAGACAACGACGUUGGUUAUUGCCAAGGUAUGAGUGAUCUUUGUUCCCCUAUGAUUAUGCUUCUUGAAGAUGAAGCUGAUGCUUUUUGGUGUUUCGAACGAUUGAUGCGUCGAUUGCGAGGAAACUUUCGGGACACGGGGAGAUCAGUUGGAGUCGAAGCACAGCUUACUCAUUUGGCUUCAAUCACUCAGAUUAUUGACCCUAAGCUUCACCAUCACUUAGAGAAAUUGGGUGGUGGUGACUAUCUCUUUGCGAUUCGAAUGAUCAUGGUUCAGUUCCGAAGAGAAUUCUCUUUUUGCGACUCCUUGUACCUUUGGGAGAUGAUGUGGGCAUUAGAGUAUGAUCCAGAAAUGUAUUCUCUAUAUGAGGAGCCUCAGUUCGAGGGAGAGAGAACUAUUGAAGGUUCCUCCAAAGGUAAACCAAAGUCGAUAAACCAAUGCGGGAAGUACGAGAGAGAGAACAUGAAGAACGGAGGGAAAAGCGCAGAAGGUCCUUUGCCUAUUUCGGUUUUCUUAGUGGCUAGUGUUUUGAAAGACAAGAGUUCUAAGCUUAUGACAGAAGCUCGAUGACUCGAUGAUGUUGUAAAGAUCUUAAACGACAUAACCGGGAACUUGGAUGCAAAGAAAGCCUGUACUGGUGCAAUGAAACUUCACAAGAAAUAUCUAAAAAAGCAGGCAAAGAAAUAGCACUGGAGAAGAUUUGUGAGUAGUAGCGUUUUUGUAUGUUGUUGUUAUACAUAUUUGAGGUAACUCACAAAAUUCGGCGACAAAAAGUGACUGGUCAGAGAUUUAACGAUUCAUUGGGUGGCAAAGCAUUCUGAAGAAAAGAAACCAUGGACCUUAACUUACACAACAACUUACUCGUAAAAACUGUUGAUAUAAAUCCAUGUUGUAAUCUUUGUUUCCACAAAAAAAAAAAAAAAAAUUAUCAUCGAUUCCUUUCUAAACUUAUCGUUCCACUUGUAUAAGCCGGAUUAUAUAUGUAAAUAAGGAUGGAGUAUUUGAAUUACAGGUCAGACAUAUGAAUAUGUUCAUAAAAGAAUUGUAAACUUCUUUUUUUUUCUCCUAUUUUAUAUGGUUUUCCUCUGUUCUCUGAACAUCUAAAAGUAUAAACUCUUUAUUCACUCAUCAGCAGAGAAACUAGAGAGACAUUGGACAGCUCUAUCUAUACAUAACUACCACAUAAAUUUAGCCCUCAAAAGAUGAAUCAUAUGUCCUGCAAUGAGAGAAGCCAUUCUAAAUAAUCUUAAGAUUUGAAACCUAGCAUUCAGACAUAAUUUGAAUAGCUACAAAACAGAACAUGCCAACAACAUCUAGAAAGCUGCUUGUAAGAAGGAGAAGAACGAGAACAUACGCAUUACGAAUGAGCGGAUAAGAUAUUUUACAUAGAAGAAACACAUCUCACUGAGAAGAGAAA